CACUACCACUAUGCUAUUCUUCUGACUGUCUGCCCAGAGGAUUCUGUGGUUAGGUUCACUCACCUGGCUGUGUUUACACAUUCUGAUGAUGUUUCUGUUAUUGUGUGUGUCCUGCUGCUAUGAUAAAACAACAUAUUUGCUUGAAGCUGAGUUAUAUUACAGCCUUUGAUGAACAUGGAUGAGUCAGAAAUGCUAAUAUAAUAUAUCUUUAAUUUUUCUAAGUUGAGAGCUCUGCCCUUUACUCAAACAUUUAUUUAGGGGAAGAAUGUUUAUGUGUAUGACUGAAAUGUGAGGUCAGCUAGUAGCUUUCUGAACCAUUUGGCUCUGGCUUUAACCUCAUAUGGCUGCAUCCCUUUGUUCUCAAUUUCCACCUGAAGACACCCUGAGACAGGCAACAGUACUCAUUAACUGUGACUUCAUGUAGCAGCUUCUCUUGACCUGCAGGGGGCAGACCUGUGCUGUUACUGGAAACCCUCACCAUUGAAUCAGUGCUUUUAUUAGAGCAGCAAAAAACAAGCUGUAUUCAGCUAAUGAGCUCAAAUUAUAGGCUCCUUUUCCACGAUUCCUGAGUGAAAACGUACAAUUAUAUAUAAGAUGUCCUGCUCUUUAUAAACAAAGACGAUUCAGGGUCUGUGAGAACUGCAGCUUUCUCUGUAGAAGUCAUUAGGAGUCAUUAUUACUAAGAUUACUAUUGCAGUAUGUUCUCAUACAUAAUAUGAAUAUACAAUAUAUGGCCUUUACAGAGCUGUGUGAGGCGAGAGAGGUCCUAUGCUUACCUACUGCCUCCCUGGGGACCUCAAGUGAGAGCUGUUGAAAGGGGGUGUAUGAGAGACCACAGAUACCUCUCUGUUAGAUAGAGUAUGUAUCACAUUUACGCUUACUUGACCUUGUGUUCACAAACACAUACCUCAUACUGACUGUGUGGAACCAGGCCAGAUGCAUGGUAUGUUCUGUGUGAUUCUACCAUUCCCCCUGCUAGUGCUAAAUAUGUCAUGUUUUUCAUGGCAGUUUUCAUAGCAGCAGGCAGGACCACAGGAGGUUGGUGGCAUCUUAGUUGGGAAGAACCGUCUCGCUCUAAUGACUGGAGCGGAAUCAGUGGAAUGGUAUCAAAUACAUCAAACACAUGGUUUCCGUGGUUUCCAGGUGUUUGAUGCCAUUCCAUUCGCUCCGUUCCAGACAUUAUUUUGAGUCGCUCUCCCCUCAGCAGCCUCCACUGGGCAGGACAUGAUUGGUAUUAGGUUGUAUACAGGUGUUGUGGUGUGUUCCAUGGGUCUGUGUGUGUGCAUGUGUUACUGUUCGUGUGAGAGAGAACUCUGACCUCUGUCCGCCAUCUGUGUAAAAGCCAGGCAGCAUUGAUGACAGUAGGUGAUACAUCUCCCAGAUGUUUAUCAGAGAGAGAUGAGUGUUGUCUUAAAAACUCAUCUAUCCAGCCUCCCUCACCUCCCUCCUUCCAUUGCUCCCUCCCUCCCUGCCACCAUGCACUCCUGUCAUUGUGUCAACCAAGAACAUGUCCCCUAAACCCUGGGACUGGGCUAGAAACUGCUGCAUCUAAACGGUCACUCAACAGGACAUUUAAAAGACCAACUUAACCAGAUGUGGUUGAAGUAGAAGUUUGAUGGACCUGGACCAGGGGUUUGGACCAGGAGUUUGGACCAGGAGUUUGGACCAGGAGUUUGGACCAGGGGUUUGGACCAGGGGUUUGGACCAGGAGUUUGGACCAGGAGUUUGGACCAGGGGUUUGGACCAGAGGUUUGGACCAGGAGUUUGGACCAGGAGUUUGGACCAGGAGUUUGGACCAGGGGUUUGGACCAGGAGUUUGGACCAGGGGUUUGGACCAGGGGUUUGGACCAGGAGUUUGGACCAGGAGUUUGGACCAGGAGUUUGGACCAGGGGUUUGGACCAGGAGUUUGGACCAGGAGUUUGGACCAGGGGUUUGGACCAGGAGUUUGGACCAGGGGUUUGGACCAGGAGUUUGGACCAGGAGUUUGGACCAGAGGUUUGGACCAGAGGUUUGGACCAGGAGUUUGGACCAGGAGUUUGGACCAGAGGUUUGGACCAGGAGUUUGGACCAGGAGUUUGGACCAGAGGUUUGGACCAGGAGUUUGGCAGCCCUGCUGUGGUUCAAGUGAAACAGAGAUACAAAUCUCCAGUGUUCCCUUACAGCCUGCCCAAAGCCUCUUCAGGGGUUAGUUAGAGCAUAGAGCCAACACACAGUGACAAUGUCAUAUACAGAUUAUGCUCUCUUCCCUCCUUGCUCUCUCUCUGGCUCCCCCGUCUCUCUCUCUCUCUGGCUCCCCCGUCUCUCUCUCUCUCUGGCUCCCCCGUCUCUCUCUCUCUCUCUCUGGCUCCCCCGUCUCUCUCUCUCUCUGGCUCUCCCGUCUUUCUCUCUCUGGCUCCCCCGUCUCUCUCUCUCUCUCUCUCUCUGGCUCCCCCGUCUCUCUCUCUCUGGCUCCCCCGUCUCUCUCUCGCUGGCUCCCCCGUCUCUCUCUCGCUGGCUCCCCGUCUCUCUCUCGCUGGCUCCUCUGUCUUUCUCUCUCUGGCUCCCCCGUCUCUCUCGCUGGCUCCCCCGUCUCUCUCUCUCUGG